ACCAGUUAAUGACGGCGCUCGAAAACAAACAUGGCGGAGAGAGGCGGUGUAUCGCAAAGUGUCUGAGUUGUACGGAAGCUCGACAUGUUGGCGUUAUAAAUCCCUCACAUCUCUUAUUCCAGGAUGGCUUCAUUUGAAGAAUUUGAGGGGGAGUUUGAUGCUUAUGAAUAUGUGGAGCGUCUGGCAAGCACUGUGGAUGGUGGAGGGUCAAAAGGUGGAGCUGGAGCUUUUGAUCCUAGAACUUUGUGUGACGUGUUUGAAAAAACUAUUAAAGAACUGACAGCUCUAGAUGAGAAGAUGCAGGGAAGAAUUAACAAACUUGAAGAACUCUGUGGGAAAGAACAGGAACAACACAAACAGAAAUCUCGAGAACUGGAAUCAACUUUUAAGACUGCAUCUUCCCUCUUUCAAGAAUUGGAUGACCGAAUAAACUAUGUGGCUACCAAAGUGGUUCAUCUGGGAGACCAGUUGGAAGGAAUCAACACUCCAAGGUCCAGAGCGAUUGAGGCGCAAGAACUCAUGAAAUAUUUCGAUGAGUUUGCUACAGGAAAACAUGUUUCAACUGUGUUUAGUGACCAGUUUAGGAUUCAUGAAGCAGCAAACAUCAUACAAAAGCUGGCACUUAUUGCCCACGAACUUCCUGCUGAGAGGUUUAAAGAUGUCCAAGAAAGAAUCAAAGAAUGCCAUGAUAAAGUGGAAGUCGCUUUGAUUGAAGAAUUUGAAGAAGCCCAUCAUCAGGGAAAUAUCAGUGGUAUGAGAGAUUGUGCAGAGACAUUGCUUCCCUUCAAGGGCUACUCUCACUGCAUUGAUUCCUUUAUCAGACAAAGUCAGAAGGGUCAGUUCCUGUCUUCUGAUGUAUUUCAAGAUGUGAUACCGCUCUGUGAACGGGUUCAUAGCAUGGUUAACAAAGUUUUUAGCAAUAAUGCUGAAGUUGUAAUGGGAAAGCUAGUGCAGAAUAUUCAUGAGGAUGUGCUCAAGAAACAUGUGGAUUCUCAACUCAGAAACUAUGGCUCAGACAAGGAACAGUCACUGAAAAACCUUCAGACCUUGUACGAAAGGGCCAAGAAACUUGGAGAAAAACUCUCUGGUUACAAACUUGGAUCAGAUUCCAAUUUUCUGGAAAGACUGAGAAAAAAUUUAUUCAGUGAAUACUUAUCAUCUUACAUCAAAACAGAGUUAACUUUCCUGUCAGAGAAGUCAGCUGCUAUUUUGGAGAAGUACUACCAUUCUAUAAACCAUGAAAAAAGGGACAGGAUCACUGGUGCGAGUCUUUUGAGUACGGAAUUGACCAAAAGGAUACCACUCAGAAUGCACGCGAAUUCCAUGGACUCCAGUAAAGAGACUACUCUUCUGUCUCAAGAUGUGGCUGUUAGUCUUUUGCAAGAAAAUAAAAUGGCUUUGAAAAGAUGUGAGCUGUUGUCUUCUCCGUCUGACAUGGCAGCAAAUGGAGUGGAAAUCUAUCAAAAACUGCUAUACAAUCUGUGUACCGAGCACAUUGACUACGCACUCAACGUCACCUUGCAAGCAAUACCCUCAGCGGAACCUAAGGCACCGCCGGAGAGCCUGUUUUUCAAAGUGUCUGAGCAAGCCAAUGCCAUCUUUCAUCUGUUUGAGAAACAUUUCACGGACUGUGUGAUAGGACUAGUCGCAUCUUCGCCAGUUUAUGCCGAAUGCGUCCGAAAGAAGAAGGCAAUAAUGGAAAUGAUGGAAAGCAAACUGGACUCUGGUAUAGACCGGAUUCUCACGUCAAUGUCAGGUUGGAUUAAGAAUAUUUUGUCAACAGAGCAGAAGAAAUCAGAUUUUAGACCUGAAGAACAUGGAGUAGGACUUGUGGAGAGGACGACGGCGUGCGCCAAGACUUGUGAAUUCAUUUAUUCCCAGCGGAAGUUCAUCCAGGAAUCGAUGGAUGGAAAGAACUUGGAGUCGGUUCUCACUGAAUUCGGCACACGAAUUCACCGUCAGGUGUUUGAACAUCUACAACAGUUUCAAUACACUUCAAUAGGAGGAAUGGUGGCAAUAUGCGAUAUAAGCGAGUACAGGAGCUGUAUCAAGGAGUUCAAGAUCCCCCUGUUAGUCAAAUUAUUUGACAAGUUAUACUCGCUCACGAACUUAUUAGUCGUCCAACCAGAAAACCUGAAACAAGUCUGUUCAGAAGAGCAAUUGGCAACGCUAGACAAAGCUGUUUUACAACAGUUUGUACAACUUCGAGUUGAUUACAGAACAGCCAAACUGUCCAAGCACUUCAUGUGAUCCUCACCAAAGAAGGCUGCAACUUUUUCACUUUUGAUGUCUUAGUCCACUCUAUUCUAUUGGUCCAAGAGUCCUCUCCAUUUGAUACUUUAAAAAGAUGAUCGCAAGACUAACAUUCAGUUCAUGGACGCCCUGGAGAGUUUUAACGAAUCACUUAGUGUAAAUCUCAACCUUUCUCUUUCCCUAGACGAAUGACGACUAUAGUAACGUAACUCGUUUCAGCAUACUCCUCGUUUCCAGGGUCCUCUCUUUUCCCCCUUGAAGGUCUUCGAGCAAACUGACCGCACUUUGGUUCCUUACUGGCUUUGUAUUGUUAGACUUAGUUCCCAGUACUAUGUUCAUCUUUGUAGCUCGAUAUGUUAACAGUCUUAAGUGUAACUAGAUCUUACCUUCAGCAACACAUGUGAAUGCAGGGUUGAAUUUAAAGUGGAAAAGUGAGUGAUCUACCGUCAAGGCUCUCGUUCUCAGACUACGUUAAAUUUGUUGUUUUGACGUUGUUUCGCUCUGGACGGCCAGGAAGUGUACAAAGUUUUAAAACGCACAUGCAGAGCUGUUAUGCCAAUUGAAUUUUUUUUCGGAACGUUUUCGUUGUUGUCGCCGUAGGGGUUUCUUCAAGUCUGCAAACUCCUAUUCGGCGAUCAGAGUUUAAUUUCGGAUGAUGCAGACUGAUCAGAGAGCUUUAAUUACUGACAUCUCUAUCACGGUGAUGGAUACGAGACAAUGGGUGACUGGUGAACUCAACCCAUUGCAAGUUCUCUCCCAUUCGGAGAGACAUCUUAAUUAAGAGAUCCUCGAUAGCUUUUAGUAAAGAAGAUUAAGUAAUUAUUGACUUUUUCAGAAACAUGUGCUAGGUAUCUAAAAUAAUGUCUCACUGUAUGAAUAACACACCAAUUUCCC